GUAGUAGUGAACGACAGAGCUCUAGCUGUAGGUUAGAGAGGUCUGUGUACAGACCGGUACAACCGAUCCGAAACUGACGCCCAGUGGGCCGCAGAGAUUUUCAGGGGGGCCCUAGGUCGGAGAAACAAACAUGGGGAACGCGGAGAGCGGCUGCGGUGGAGGCAGCGGCGACGAGGACGACGUGGAAACGGAGAGCCCCGGCUUCGCGGAAGAUAGUCCGGCCUCUGCGGCCACUGCCGUCGGAGGCGGCGGCGGCGCUGGUGGUGGUGGUGGUGGUGGCUCCGGUUCUGGGAGAAGCGGAAGGGGAUCGAAUAACCUGUCCGUGCCCACCGGUGGACCACCCAGCCCCGGGAUACUCCUAGAGCAAGUGAAACUAAGAGAGGCGGCGGCUCGCAUUAGCGAUUCAGGUGUCGCCAUUCGUGAGUCUGUCCUGGCUGGGAACGAAGGUGUCCUGGUGCGGUGGCUGGAGGACCGGUUAAACCGAGGAGAGGAGUCCGUCAAUGUGGAACAAUUCUGUGAAAUGUUGGAGAGCAGAGAUGCCCCGAGAGAUGAAUGUGAAGAGGCGUUUGGACAGUUCGAUGCAGAGGGGGAUGGGGUGGUGGAUGUAGAGAGCAUGCUGAUUUCUCUGAAGAACUCCAAUGGAGCUAAUCUAAAGGGAGAGCUGAGUCAUGUGAUAAGACAGCUACAGGCGUGCUCCCUAACUCCAGGUUUUGUUGAUAUAUUCUCCAAGAACAAAGACCGGCUAGGGGCACAUGCCUCUAAGAUCCUUAAAUUCUUACACAGGAAUCGUAUUCCCAGCAGUGCCAUCCCCUUCCCUAUUUUAGAGGGCUACAACAGUAUCUGCACCAUGAGGUCCAGUGUGGUCCAGGACUUCUUGGAAUUCCUCUUGCAGAAGGAGAAAGAUUUAGAUAUCCAGUACAGAGCAGAGCUGGACCGAGAUCCAGAGGUGGAUAAAGUCAAGGUGGUCACACAGUGCUACAGCACAAUAGAAGCUUCAUCCAAUGUUCCAGACAUUUACAAGAUGACAAAUGGGGAAACGGCUUCUUUCUGGCAGUCGGAUGGCAGCGCACGCUCACACUGGAUAAGAUUGAAAAUGAAACCAGAUGUGGUUUUGAGACGUCUAGCCAUCGCCGUGGCUUCUAAUGACCACAGCUACAUGCCUCAGCUCGUCUCAGUUGCUGUCGGCAAAAACCGGCGUUCCCUGCAGGAGAUCAGAGAUAUCCGCAUCCCCAGCAAUGUCACCGGCUAUGUAGCUCUUUUGGAGAAUGCCAACAUUACACACCCCUACAUCCAAAUCAACAUUAAGCGGUGCCUGAGCGAUGGAUGUGACACACGGAUUCAUGGCUUGAAGACGCUGGGUUAUCAGAUUACUAAGAGUAAAGAGGUGUCUGUUUCGGAUGCUUCAGCCAUCUGGUACCUGUCUCUCCUCACCUCCUUGGUCACCGCGUCCAUGGAGACCAACCCCGCACUGGCCCACACUGUUCUUCAGAGCACACAGAAAGCCUUACGACACAUGCCACCAUUGUCCCUAACACCGUCAUCUACAGAGUUCCCCAAGUUCUUCUCUCUGAACAUCCUGGAGGAGGUGGACGGAUUUCUCCUCAGGAUAGCAGACUGCUGUGUGAGUCCUGAUGCAGAACUGACCCUCCUGGCAUUUGCUCUGGCCAGAGGCAGUGUGGCAAAAGUGCUCCAAGCCCUGUCCUGCAUCAGUGAACAUUUAGAGACGGAGUACAAGGCCUCCUCCCUCAUCGUGUCUAUGGCAUCCGUAAGGCUGCGGCUCCUCAAUCGCAAUGGCAAGCCCCUCCAGUUGCACCUCCAGGCCUGUGAUGUGAAGAGUAAAGAGGAGAAAUCAGGACCAGAGAACAUGCUCACAGAGUCCUCUACUGGAGAUGGUUUUCUUACAGAAAGUGGCAGGAAGAAAGCCAGUGUGAUCCUGUCCACAGAGGACCAGAGUAACUUUCAAGUUACUCAGAUGUCGAUCAAAGUGCGAAAAGGAGCCAUUGGAGCGAAAUGCGGCUUGGUGUUUGUGUACAAGGAGGAAGACCCUUUUGACGCAGAGAAACACUUCAAGAGGUUCAAAAAGUACGACACGUGGGACUACAAGGACUACAAAGAGUUUGUACAAGACAAUGCAAAGAUUCCAACACUGUCGGAGGACGAGCCGAUUGGCUGGUUUGAGGUUGAGGAUGACUGGAACGAUGUGGAGAUCAAGCUGCAGCAGUGUCGCGUUGCAAAGUUCCUGAUGGUAAAAUUCCUCAGCACCAGGCAGGACUCCGCUGAGCGCCUUGGGGUGCAGUCCCUCACCUUCAGUGGCUAUCUGUGUCCCGGAGCAGAGAAGCUUGGAGACCUGGACGACCUCAGUCCGGAGGGAGAGAGCUUCGACUGUGAUGCUGUCACUGGCCUUUGUCUUCUUAACAAGACACUAUUCUUCAUACAACAACUUACACGAGACAUGGAUGCCUCUCACUUCAAGCAGAAGUAUCUUCUGGACUUCUCUGGUCUGGGCCUGGACCUCUUCUGGAACUUCUACAGUAAACUCAGGGAGAUUGAGGGCGAGGAGGUGCUGAAGAGCAGAGUUCUGCUGCUCCAGUUGAUGCAGAACUGUUUCCCCAUGCUGCCCAACCCACUGGAGCCCCGGGGCUCAGAGGACAGCAGAGGGCCGGAGGAGGGAGCCACAGCAGCAGCAGGUCCAUCCACAUCCAGCAGUGCAGAGCCUCUGUCUGACGCUGUAAAGGCUGUUGGUGAACUCUACACUCACCUCUGCCAUGUUGUUGAUGGUCCAGAGGGUGAGACUUCAGUGGAAAAAGCUUUGCAUAAGGAAGCAGUCAAGGCCAUUCUUAACGGAGCAGCUGUUUUCUUCCCUGAUAAACGCAUCAGACGGGACAAACUCUUCCAUAUGAUGAAAAAUAUAACCGAACAGGAUCAACCAGAGUCGGUGAAGGUGACGUUUGAAUCACUUUGCAAUUACUUCAGUGACCAGGAUCCAAGUGGCCUUCUUCUGCUCCCACCUAAAGGAGCUCCCUCAGACUUUGACAUCAGCCCCAUACUGUCAGUGAUGGAGACGUUGCUGCUGGUGGCAACAAGAGAGUGUGAGGUGAUGAUGGUGGAUGAGAGUAGUGGAGCCAGCAGGACAGUGCUGCUGUCCUUGUUCUGGGCUCUGCAGGGCAGUUUGCUCUCCUGGUGCUACCUGCAGCUCAAAGGAGGAUCCUCCACCGCUAUCUCUAUGGAGCUGGCCAGAAACAUCCUACUAAAAUAUGUGGAUCAGUUCCUGGGAAGUAUUAAAGAUGUCCUUGGUUCCCUCCUGGGGAGGUACACUGGUGCUCAGAUCACUAACAAACUAGGCAGCUCCAUCCUAGCCACAGUCUUCAGACAAAUGAUGAUUUUACUCCUGGAGCUGUGCUCUUUGGACAUCGCUCACAGCGUGCUGCUGAAGAGCUUCUCCUCUCUAGUCGAGCUGCUCAAAAGCCUGUCCAGUGAUACCGGAGACAUCUUUUCUAAGGUGGAUCAGGAGAGCUGGCACCAGCCCCAGCAGCCAGUGGUGCUGAGGACCUGGAGCAAGGAAUCCCCUCACAACUAUGAGAACAGCCGCCAUGAGACGAGCAUCUUUGCCUGUCCCGGUGCCACCUCCUUUGAGGUGGAGUUUGAUGAACGCUGUGAGACGGAGAAGAGAUACGACUACCUAGAAUUCACAGAUUCUAGGGGUGGGAAGGUCCGCUACGACAUGAAGGUUGGGAGUGAGAAGUGGCCAAAGAAGGUGACAUUUGACGCCGGCCCUCAGCUCCAGUUCCUCUUCCACUCUGAUAGCAGUAAUAACGAGUGGGGUUACAAGUUCACUGUGACAGCCAUGGGCCUGCCAGAUAUCACCAUUUCCUGGAUGUCAGACCUGCAGCUGCUCGUGGCUCGCCUGAUGGGGCGUCUUGCUUCCAGAACGCUCGCCCUGAAAUCCCCCCACGAGAUACGCACUGUUAAGGAGCUUCCAGCAGGGAAAAUGUCCCAUGUUCAGUCUUCUCCUUUAUGGAAACCCAUUCUGCGCCACGGGUUGUGUGAAACAAGGGAGACGAAUCUGACUAAAACACCCACAGACCAGACAAAUACUUGGACUCUUGAUGAGUUAAUGAGCUUCCUGGAGGAAUUUGCCCGUUGGAACCCGUCGCUGGAACCGACAGACAGUAGAACAAAGCUGAUGAAGACCCUCAUGCAGUCCUGCAGAAAACAGCCAACGAGGAAUGAGAUUGCCACCGGGUCAAAGACGGACCAAGCAGUGAAUGCCAUUUGGGCUGCCAUGAUAUACCACACACCAGCCCUCAGCCAUGCCCUGAGGACUUACGUUAAUCAGGACUGCAAAUCCUGUUUGAGUGAAGAAUUUGUACAGGUGUAUGCAUUGGCAGACGGCAUCAGAACGUGGAUGCUGGAGAUGAAACAGAGAUACCUCGUUAGCAAAAUGAAUGUUCCUGACGAUAAGGAAGGGGGUCAGGAUGAGGUUACCACGGAAACACUAGCUGAGAUGUGCAUUGAGAAGAGCCUCUUGCUCUUCAGGUUCACCCCCUGUGGAGUACCGAGCCACGACAGUGACUCUUUGAAAGCAGCAGAGUGCAGCAGGGCUCCACUGUUCCGCUCAAGUUCUAUCUCAGAAGGGGACUUUCAGCCCAGCACCGCUCAGGGACCUCAGACUGUAGGGUCUGAGGAGGACAAUGAUGCCAGGGCAGCACAGAGCCAGCCUAACGCUGCUCAAGCACACAGCUCAUCUUCUUGUGGGCACAGCAGACAAGGCCACAGGGGCUCCACAGAGAGCCUCUCCUCCCAGACAGGGGAACCAGCCUCACCCUCCGCCUUCCCCCGUAAAGCCCCAUUCAGUCGGGCACGCCUACGCCUCCUGUCCUGUCGCUCUAUAGAAGAGCCCCGUACGACCCCCUCUGUCAAGGAACGUUACCCAAGACUCAAAGACAUCCUAAACUUUAUAAAGGACCAGGCUCUCACAACAGCAAGCAUCCUGCAGACCCUGUCCUUGAGCAAAGCCCAGGCUCUGAGUGUGUGCAAGGUUCUGGAGAUGGUUCAGGAGUGUUUACAUUCUCUGGGAAAGCCACACCUUUUCCAAGCUCCGUGCAUCCUGUUUCUGCAGGAGCUGCUGGCGUGCCAGAAAGACUUCACCAGUUAUUUCUCUCAGCUGUCAGACAGUGGGCAGAAGCUGGGAGAGGAGGUGAGGCGUUCCUACCAUCAGUUGGUGCUCAUGCUGGUGGAGGCGGUGCAAGGCUUCAGCAGCCUCAAUGAGAAAGCCCUGCUGCCGGCCCUGUCAUGUGUGCAGACCUGCCUGUUGCACCUUCUAGACAUGAGCUGGGAGGUUCACGACCUUCCUCUCUUCCUGAACAUUAAGCUUCCUGACCUCCUGCUCAGCAUGUCCCAGGAGAACAUCAGUGUUCAUGACAUCGCCAUCAGUCAGUGGACAGAGGAAGAUGAAAUCGCAGACUACAAGAAGAACCAGGAGUGGAUGGAUGAGUGUAUGGACGGGAUGUUUGAGAAGUGGUAUGACAAAAUCGAUGAAGAGGACUCCAUGGAGGACAGGAGGAAGAUGCACAUGUUCAUCGCACGUUACUGUGACCUGCUGAAUGUUGUGAUCUCCUGUGACGGCUGUGAGAGGAUGGCACCUUGGCACCGAUACCGAUGUCUGCAGUGCAUGGACAUGGACCUCUGCAAGACCUGCUUCCUCAGUGGUGCCAAACCUGAGGGCCAUGAGGAUGACCAUGAGAUGGUGAACAUGGAAUAUGCCUGCGACCACUGCCAGGGGCUCAUUGUAGGCAGCAGGAUCAACUGCAACGUCUGUGAAGACUUUGACCUGUGCUUUGGUUGUUACAAUGCAAAGAAGUAUCCCGACAGCCACCUGCCCACCCACCGGAUCACAGUGUACCCCAUGGUGACCAUUCGAAUCAGUGAUCGCCAUCGCUUGAUCCAGCCCUACAUUCACAACUACUCCUGGCUACUGUUUGCUGCUUUGGCACUUUACACGUCAGAGCUGAGCAGUCAGAAGCAGACGGACGGAGAGGCUUUGGACAGCAGCAACCUGAGCCAGGCUGCAGCCCUGCAGACACACUGCUCCCAACUCAUCACCGACUGUUUGCUCAAGGGGCAGACUGGCAAAGGUCUACGGUCCUCAGCCUUGCUCGCUCUGCUGUCAUCCAAUGAAUCAGCUUCCGAUAGUGAGCUGUGUCCAGUCUCUCCAGAGUCCUCUCAGGAGCUCAGUACAAACACUGACACCUCCUCUCUCCCUGGCAGCACUGCAGCUAUCUGCUCCCCAUCGUCUCCCAGGGACAAGAAUAAACCGUCAGUUAACGAGAAAAAGACAAAGGAGGUGAGCUCUCCUCCCUCUGCUCCUUCAGAGGUGUCGUCCAUCCUGAACACUGGAGAAGGGGAGAAGAGUAAGCUGGUUGCUCAAGACACCCUGGACUCCCCCAGCCUUAGCCAGACGCCUUCUGUGUCCAGUGAAGACCCCCUCUCUCCUGUGGUCCGACCGUCAGAGUCUGGUGCAGGAACAGUCAGCUCUCCAGCAUCCGAUGUUGUCAAGGAGACGGAUGAGAGGCUGCCCCAGGUUCCCCUUCAGGAGCAUGUGUUUUCAGAGUGCUCCAGAGAGAGGAUCCUGGGACUACUAGCAGCCAUGCUGCCACCAGCAAAACCAGGCAGCACCCUGUCUCUGCCCAGUCUGAACUCCAUCCUGCCCAAGCUCUUCCGGGCAGUCAUUUCCAACGCUGGCUCUCUCAACGAGACCUACCACCUCACACUGGGACUACUGGGUCAGCUGCUGCUCCGGAUCCCUCCGAUGGAGGCCGACGCUGCCGUCACCGAGGCCCUGGCUGACAAAUAUGACUUGCUAACACAAGGAGAGGCAGCCAGCUCAGACACCCAGGGAUGGAAGACCACCCAGCUGCUCUUCAGUCUCGGAGCUGUCUGUUUAGACAGCCGUAUUGGUCUGGAUUGGGCAUGCACAGUGGCAGAUAUUUUACACAGUCUGAAUGCUUGUCCCGAGUGGAGCGCAGUCAUCGCUGCCUUCACUGACCACUGUGUUCAGCAGCUGCCGCAAACUCUAAAACGCACCAACCUCUUCACGCUGCUGGUGCUGGUGGGCUUCCCCGAGGUGCUGUGUGUGGGCACACAGACGGUGUUUAUCGACAACGCCAAUGAGCAGCACAACAUGAUCUUGCUCAAACACUUCACAGAGAAGAACCACGCUGCAGUGGUGGAUGUCAAGACACGCAAGAGGAAAACAGUGAAGGACUACCAACUCAUCCAGUCUCAGGAUUCAACUGCAGUCGGCCUGCCGGGCCAGUCAGAGAGUCAGGGCUGCCCGAUGGCCCUGCUUAGCCGCUACCUGAGCAAUUUCACCUCCAUCAUCAGCCACCUCCUGCAGGCCAGCCAGGACAAUGGCUCUCCUGAUGCUGUGGAGGCAUCCUGGGUUCUCUCCUUAGCUCUUAAAGGCCUCUACAAUACGCUGAAGAAACACGGAGUGGAGCAAGCUCAGGAGGACAUCCAGCAGUCAGGCCUGACCCAGCUGCUGGUGAGGAAGUGCAGCAAAGGGACGGGUUUCAGCAAGCUGUGGCUGCUGAGAGAUCUGGAGAUUCUCUCCAUCAUGCUCUACUCGUCCAAGAGGGAGAUCCAUUCCAUGGCCCAGGACCCGGAGCGAGACCAAAGAGAGCAGGACAAGGAGCACGACUCUGACCACUCCAGCUGCUGCGCCGACGAAACCGACGUCAACAAGCCCGACCCCUUAGAGGGGCUCGACGAGGAGACCAAGAUUUGCUUCCAGAUCACACACGAUGCCUUAAACGCCCCUCUGCCCAUCCUGCGAGCCAUGUAUGAGUUGCAGAUGAAGAGAACUGACUCCUUCUUCCUGGAGGUGCAGAAGAGAUUUGAUGGAGAAGAGAUAAAAACAGAUGAGACAAUCCGUACGCUGGCUCAGAAGUGGCAACCCACCAGGCGGCCUCGCUCUGAAGAGAGGAACACCAAGGCCGUGGACACGGAUAUGAUCGUGGUGUCAUGCGUGUCUAAACCCAGUCACUGUGAAAAGGCCACAGAGGAGAUCAACGUAGUGGCCCAGAAGCUCAUCACAAAUUCAGAGAGCGACUUACAGCUCAGCUACGCCAAACAGAGGCGCACCAAAAGUUCAGCUCUACUGCACAAGGAGCUGGAUGUGCGCAGCAACCGGGCAGUUCGUCAAUACCUGGUGAAGGUCAACCAGGCCAUCGCCACGCUGUACGCCCGCCACGUGCUGGCCUCGCUGCUGGCCGACUGGCCCGCAGAGGCAUCGCUGAGCGAGGAGGCCCUGGAGCUGAACGGUGCCUCGCACAUGGCCUACAUCCUGGACAUGUUAAUGCAGCUGGAGGAGAGGCCACUCUGGGAAAAGAUUCUCCAGAGGGUGCUGAAGGGUUGCAGCCAGAGUAUGCUUUGCAGUCUGUCCCUCACUGGUUGCCAGUUCAUGGAGGAGCCGGGUAUGGCUGUGCAGAUCAGAGAGUCCAAACACCCGUAUGACAACAACACCAACUUUGAGGACAAGGUGCACAUCCCAGGGGCCAUCUACCUGUCAGUAAAGUUUGACUCCCGCUGCUACACAGAGGAAGGCUGUGAUGAGCUCAUCAUGUCCAGCAGCAGUGAUUUUCUCCAGGAUGUCCACAACUUCAGUGGCUCCCCUCAGAAAUGGUCAGAUUUUGAGAUUCCUGGUGAUACCCUGUACUACAAAUUCAUGUCAGACAUGAGUAACACAGAGUGGGGCUACAAGUUCACUGUUACAGGAGGUCACAGAGGACGUUUCCAGACAGGUUUUGAGAUACUGAAGCAAAUGUUAGCAGAUGACCAAGUUCUCAGUCACCUGCCGCUGGCUGACAUCUGGGAGUGGCAAGUGGGCGUGGCCUGUCGCCAGACUGGGAACCAGCGGCUCAAAGCCAUUCACUUGUUGCUCCGCCUCCUGCAGUGCCAGUCCGAGAGAGCCUGCGAGCUGACACUGCUGCGACCUCUGUGGCAGCUCUUUAUGUCUAUGGAGAACAGCCUGAGCCAGGAUCCCACCAGUAUCACCGUGCUGCUGCCUCUCCACCGAGCCCUCACUGAACUCUUCUUCAUCGCAGAGGCCCGGGCCAUUGCACAGGGGAUCCUCCAGGAGUAUUUGUUAGCCAUGACCACUGACGAGCAGCUCCUCAAUCACACUGCAAUGGCUCUGAAGAACAUUGCUGCCAUCAGCCUGGCUAUCAAUUACCCCAAUAAAUCGACAAAGCUACUCAACAUGUCUCCUUGAGAGAGCCGCUGAGGGAAUGGAGGGGCACAGCCUGAAGGGGACGCAGCCUGACUCAGCUCUGAACAAGGAAACGGACAGGUGGCAGAGGAGAAACCCUCCGUGACCAUCCAGUGCUUUCCUUCUACAAGGACCCCCUCCACUCGGGUAACUCUCUGCAGUACUCUGGGCCGGAGCUGCAGAGGGCUACUCAACGAGCACUUUCCACACUUACUCACAAUCCUUUUUGCCUUAGGUGAAUCCAGUAUAUCGGCAUGUGCAUUCACUGUAACAGGAACAAUUGCGGGGUCUCUCUCUUUUUCUUUUUUUUUCCUUUUUUUUCUUUUUUUUUUAUACUUGAAGAUGCCGUGCUAAAGGACAUGAAGUGCCAAAUUCGCGACCUUCAAGGGGAAGUAUAUUCCUUUUUUCCUGCCUUUGUUCCUCCUAAACAGCAGCCACUCUGGGUUACAUAGUUGAUCAUGGUGAAAACAGGUCACCUUGGCGACUUGCGUGUCUCAGCGGACAUGUAGAGCAUCCUAAAAAUACUGUCCAGGACAGUGGAGUCUCAUUAGUCACCAUAGGGAGAAAGUACUGACCUACUAGCUCAUUCCACUCACUCCUUCCUCCCUUCCUUCCUUCCUUUGCCCACCAUCUCUCCUUCCUUUCCGAUUCUUUCCUUUUCAGACAACAGCAGUAGAUGAUGGUUCAUUUUUAGGGCACCUGUUGAAGGGAACGAUCAGUAUAUCACCACAGAUGUCCUGCUGACGGUUUGAUCGCACUACACAGAUUAAGAUAAAACUCGAAUAGCCAUAGUGGUUGCAUAGGAUGACAAUUAACAUUACAGCUGAGGGAAAACUGUGAUAAUAUACUAUUGCAAUGCAUUCCUCCAUGUUAUUCUAUCAAUAUGUUGAAGUAUUUUUACUCCAUUACUAGUGAAUGAAUGAAACACCAUUAUGAUGUCAAAUGAAUAACAGCAAAAAAUACAUUUAUUUCUGUUUUUAUUUAUUUUUAUUUUUUUGAGAAACCCCAAAUCUCUUAAAGGCCUUCAGUUUAUCCCCCCUGAUUUAUUUAUUAAUUUUUAUUGUUUUAUCUGAUGUGUAAUUAAGUUCAACACGUUUAUUUUUUUCAAAAAAACAAGCCGUUAAUUAUAGUGUAAAACACCAUCAUGUCCCGGUACCUUUAUGUAUUGUAAUGAAUGUGAGAAUACUGGUGUCUUUACACAAAUAUCUAUAACAGAGCAAACACUGCUGAUCCCCACUAAUACACAGAUGGGCUGUCUGUCCCUCACAUCACUUACAUAAACUUAAAGGGAAAAUUCACCACAUUUUUCUGUGUAUGUCCAGUCAGUGUUGAUGGUAAAUGUAGUUAACUGGAGAAGACAACAGGCACUUGUGUGGCACUUUGAGGUACCUUGGAGAGCGCCACAGCUGUCAGUCUAACUCUGACUGAUGGGGCAACUUCAGAAAAUGACUUGUUAUCAAAGUCCUAUGUUGCAAACAGAAUGAGCAUUUUUAUCUUGUGGCCAAUCACGAUAAUAUGAACCUGAAGCUAGCGCACAGAUAACGAUAAUAACAAAAAUUAAGCUUUCUCGUAUGCGUCAUUCAGAUUCAGAAUUUUUCUAAUCAGAAAACACAAAAAAACUGUCCGCGUUGACGUUCAUUGCAGCGGAAUAAUUCAGUUUGUUGGCAUUGGACAACAUUUCCUGCAACUGAACCAGCAGUCAGUGUUUGCUCUCAGCAGCUCAGGUUCUAGAGGUUCUGGAGGUUCUGGAGGUUCCCCGCCGGCCACGUCUUCCCUGCUGCAACCUCAGCUUUUUCUGUUAAUUAAAAUUAACAGACCACCCUUUUUCUUCAAUUUCCUGUUCAUUUAAUGCCUGGUACAACUAAAGGUACAUUUGUUUGGACAAAUAUAAUGAUAACAAAAAUAGCUCAUAAGAGUUUAAUUUAAGAGCUGAUAUCUAGACAUUUUCCAUGUUUUUCUUGAUAAUAACUGAAAUCAUUAUAAAGAAAACCAUGGAAAAUGGCUAGAUAUCAGCUCUUAAAUUAAACUUUAAUGAGCUAUUUUUGUUGUUAGCAUUAUAUUUGUCCAAACUAAUGUACCUUUAAAAUUAACAAGAAACUGAAGAAAAUAAGGGUGGUUUUAUAAUUUUUUCCAUGACGAUCAUGCACGGAGGAAUUGAUUGCUUCGAUGGACCGCAUUUACCAUCUACGCUGAUUGGGCAUCCAUACAAAAGGAGGCAUGUUUCUUUAAAUUGACUGUCAUUGUUGAGAAUUGAGGUUAACACUGAUAAAACAUAAAGGCAACUGUAAAAUAGACACAUUAUAUCACCGAUCCACCAAUAACACAUCUCAUGUUUUGUAAACUGAAAAAAGUUCUUUAAUACUGAAUUACCUCAUGUUUUGUAAUUACACAGGUCAUUGGUGUGACGCUUCCUUAACUGUUUAAUGUGACUUUGAAUCACAUUACACUAACCACGACGUUUUAUUCAAGCUGAGAAUCCACCUGUAGCCACUUCCACACAAAUCAGUCAUGUCAUGUUGUGUUGUGUUAAAGAAGGCAGAAAGUUUUAUAUGUUGACAAAUCAAAAAAAAGAAAAAAAAGAAGUUUUAAAGAGAGUGAGUUGCUGAGGGUUGUUUUCCAAUCAUUACUGUAUUCAUUUCAGACGAGGAGAAUCUUUUAGUUGUAGGAAGUCAUGGUGGUUUAUACCAAAGAAACCAAUCAUUGUGAGCCAUGAAACAUCUCUGAAAGAGCUCCAGGUGGAGUUUUUUCUCUGUUUGUCACAUAUCAGUUAGCUACCCGGUGAGAAGCUGGAGCAGAGGAAACCUUUAGACUUUAUUCUCUUCUUUUUUUAUGUUUAUUUUUUACUUUUUAUUUUUGAAAUGGUCCCUACGAGGACCGUAGAAUAGCUCGGUGGUUUUGUUUACACAAACAUCAGCUGCAGUGAGGAGAGAGGGCGAGAUACAUGGCCUCCAUUUGGCUUCUACGACGCCUCACCUAUCUACGACGUGCCUAUGGUUAAAAAUGAAGCAAUCAUAAUUUAACUCAUGUUAGCCGAAUAGUUAUUAAUUAUAUUUUAAAAAGAGAAAUAUAUUGUUUAAUUUGAAGUUUUUUUGUAACUUUUUACUUUUAAUGUUCAUUUCUUUUUUCGCGAAGAUGCUUGAUAUAUGAGGCUGACUAAUUUGAAUGUACAUAUCUGUGAAUAAUAAUUGCACAGAGGAAAGACUUUGAUAUCAACCCCUUACAAAUAUAAACUUUAUUGGGCACUAACAGA